CGGGAAAUGUCAUCAUUCAUCCUAAAUAGAGGAAACAGACUUUUAACAAUCAAUUCUUCUUCUCUCUGAGAGGUGAAACUAGAAAACUGUUGUUUCUGUUGUCUGCUGUUGGCGGCUUAAAUAGGCUCCACGUUUCGAAAAUAGUGAGACUCCACACGGCUUCUUUUUGAGAGAAUCCACAGGUACUUUCCUAUCGCGUUAUUUUUUUGCAACUCCCGUUUUUUUCUGGAUUGUUCUGGACUGAAGCAGUGCAUGCGGGACAUAAGGUCUGUUGUAUUCCUCUUAUCACGGUCUUGUUUUACCGUCUGAACGGAACAAUGAAGUUAGUUCUUUGUAGAUAGACGAUGACAGUGUGUCUGUGGUUGCUAGAAAUUUCCUUGCUCGUCUCGUAAAGGUUUUACAGCCUUGUUCCACAACUAUUUUCAAACAUUUGGCGGUUUAAAAUCCUGCUUUGGUGAUAUAGUUUUGUGUGGAUUUGAGGUGAGGAGUGGAGUUAAAUCUGCACGCGCGUCUUCCGGAAAGAGGCGCUGUCCUUGGUCCUGAAGUCAUCUCUACAACUUUACCAACUUCUCCAAGGGUUUUUACUCCAAACAGAGGUAUUUUAAAGGGACGCUUCGCAACAGCCGCUCCAGAAAGAGCUUAAUAUGGUAACUCCAACCAGAGUUCAUCUGCAAACUUUGGUAUUUUUUAUUUUUAUUGUCCAUCUUAGUCAGCCAGUAUGUGUCGAUGUCCCGUCGGGCACAGAAGCAGUCCUGGGGAAGUCUAUGAAGUUGACCUGCAUCGCCUGCUUGAAGCGAGAGGAGAUCAAAGCAAAGACACGUGUGGAUUGGUUCUACAUGCCAAACAAAGAAGAAUACAUGCCAUUCGACAAAACUCAUAUAUUCAAGUUUGAGGAUGAUGCUCCGCAGGAGGUGGACGGACCAUUUAAAGGUCGUGUGAGCUGGAACGGUAGCCAAGAUCUACAAGAUGUCUCCAUUCAAAUCCAUAAUAUCACCUACAAUGACAGCGGUGUCUAUGAGUGCCAUGUGUUUCGUGAGUUUCAAUUUGACUUCUUCACUCCAACCGUGUUCUUCGUCAGGGACAUCAACUUAAAGGUGAUAAAGCAAGCCAGUCCAGACCCCACAGCGCUCUACUCUGAGAUCAUGAUGUAUGUGCUGCUGGUGUUCUUGACCUUCUGGCUGCUGGUGGAAAUGAUCUACUGCUACAGAAAGAUCUCCAAAUCAGACGAGCAAGCCCAGGACACAGCGACAAACUACCUAGCCAUUCCCUCUGAGCAGAAAGCAAAACCCGCCGCUCCUGUUACCCAGUGAAAGUGGUUGUCAGUUACACGGUAUUAACCAAUCAGAAUGGGACUUCAUUCUCAUGUGAACAAGAAGAAUGGACCUAGAUUGAACCACAACGAUGUCCCUGUGAAGGAAUCAUAACUCCCUGUCAGACGUGGGACACCUGCCAACACAUCUCCCCUGUGUAUCGACUGAGUCUUGUGAAGAACCAGUCAAAUAUGUCCAAGUGCUCAAUUUUCCUCCUUUUCCUCCCAUUUCUUUUUUUAUACCUCCAUGCCAGGCAUCUGCAAUCAAGUGCUUUCACUAAUGCAGCAGGUGAAAGGACAAAUAAAUGUCACUGUCUUUGCACUUAUAAUCAAAUAAAACCAGCUUUGCUUCAUUUGGACCUGCCAGAGUCAAGAAAUGCUAAACAUUUAAUUUGUAGUUAGUGGUGCCUCUGUGAUUUUUUUUUUACCUUUAAACAGAAAAGAUCCCAAAAAGAUGCUGUCCUACUGCUGUUACAUACACAACUUAAACUGGCACUGUAGUACUGUGUUCAUUUUGUUUGUUACGAUUUUAUAGACCACAGUGACAUUUUGUGUCAGUUUUAUUUGUAUUGGCCAAUAUCUUUUUGAUGUAUUUUUAUGGAAAACAAUUUUAGUGCUUUUAUACUGUGUGGAUGUGCAUUCCUUUGUUUUCUGUUUGCAUCUUUACAACUACCAUGUAAUGAAACUGAUAUUGUAUGAAGUCACUUUAUCCCAGGUACUCUGUCUCACCUUGAGGUCUUUCCUAUACUGUAUGAAUCUUUUAUUUGUGUUCCUGUGUCAGCACUGAUGUAAAAGUGCAUCAAGUAAAGUUACUCUGAAGCUUUGACUGUUGCUGUUGUUUCACAGUAGCACUGCUGAGACUAAAUGUGUGCCUAAUUCUAUAGUCUAACACUGUAGAAAUGUUUAAACUGUGUGAUACAAUCAUACCACACCGCUCUUUGCCUA